GCGCAAAGCAGAGGGAACUAGCACUCUGCCAGCUCAGCUGACAACCGGAGCAGCUCGGCGGCCAGAGGAUGAUGGCAGACUCUGCAAGUACCGAAGAAGUAGCUGUGAUCGGUAACACCGAUAUCACUUCAGCGGAAUCCGAAAACAACAUCAUAAACACGAUGGUGGAGAGGGGGACAGCUCUGUUGAGAAAAAUGGAGAUAAAUGUGGCAGAGGCAGAGAAGAGAACAGGGAAGAACACCGUUAACAUGCAGGAAACCUAUACUGUCUACCUCAUAGAAACCCGGCCAGCUGAAUCUGUCCCAGAGGGGGGUACGCCUGCCACGCCCGACACUUUGUGGAGACGCUACAGCGAGUUUGAGCUGCUCAGAAUGUACCUCCUGGUCACCUACCCUUACAUCAUCGUUCCUCCACUACCAGAGAAAAGGGCAGAGUUUGUGUGGCACAAGCUGUCAGCCGAUAACCUCGACCCAGACUUUGUUGAGCGACGGAGAGUCGGCCUGGAAAACUUCUUGCUGCGUGUUGCAUCACAUCCUGUCCUUUCCAAUGACAAAAUCUUCUUCCUCUUUCUGACGGAGGAGAAGGGAUGGAGGGAAGAGGUUUUGGACACAGGCUUCCAAGACAAGGUGGACUCCAGACUAAAGUCUCUGAGUGCCAUGUUCAGAGUCAAGAACCCUGACAAGCGAUUCACAGCACUGAAACAGUACAGUGAUGAACUGAACACUGUCAUCUCUCAGUUACUCAGGGUGCGGGCGAGAGUAGCAGACAGGCUGUAUGGCGUUUACAAGGUCCACGGUAACUACGGCAGAGUUUUUAGUGAGUGGAGCGCUAUAGAAAAAGAGAUGGGAGAUGGACUACAGAGUGCUGGCCACCACAUGGACACGUAUGCUGCAUCAAUAGAUGACAUUCUUGAGGAGGAGGAGCACUAUGCUGACCAGCUGAAAGAAUACCUGUUCUACACUGACGCUGUCAGGUCAGUAUGCAGGAAACAUGAGUUGAUCCAGUAUGAGUUGGAGAUGGCAGUUCAGGACCUCGCCCAUAAGAAGCAACAGAAAGAAGAGCUGGCGACUGGGACGGUGCGCGUCUUUUCACUGAAGGGGAUGACCAGUAAACUGUUCGGCCAAGAGAGUCAGGAGCAGAGGGAGAGCCGGUUGGCAGCCUUGGAUCAGAGUAUCCAGGAGGGAGAGGAAACCGUCAUGGAGAAGAACACGGAGUGCAAAGAGUUUGUGCGAACAGCCUGGGAAGACAUUGAACGUUUUAAGGAGCAGAAGGACAAAGAUUUGCGUGAAGCACUAAUCAGCUACGCCAUUAUGCAGAUCAGCAUGUGUAAGAAGGGAAUCCAGGUGUGGUCCAACGCUAAGGAGUGUUUCAACAAAAUGUGAGCCACUUUCCAGCCAAUCGUUCUCUUGCACCGAAACAAUAGUUAAUCACAUUGUUCAGAGUGAGACCAUCAGCCAAUCAUUCAACUGCAGUUUUACACAGACGGCCAUGGGAGCCCAAAUACUGCCUUCACAUUGUUUGUGACGCUGAAUUUAAGAAUGAUUCUGUCUCCUUUUCUCUCUCGGUCUCUCACACACAUUUAUUUAAAAAAGUAAUUAAUUAGAUCCAUGCCUUUUUAAAUCAAAGUGUCUUAACCGUACUAUUCUCUUGGCACUCUGCUGACUUUCAUACUGCAGAUGAUCCAUGUUUUCAAUAUUUUUUCCUGAAUUGGUUGCACAGCUGACAGCAUGUCCAAGAGGAAAAUCCUGAACUAAUAAUGCAUGAUAGUUGCGCGGUGGGAAGAGCUGUGCAGUGUAUUUCAGUCGUUAUGCUUUUCUUGACUCAUCUCACACCUUGAAAAUGAGCAGAAUUUAGUCAUGAGAAGCUGUGCAUUUCAAUCAGUGGUUCAUUUGACUCUUUUUAGAGUUACUUGUCUCAGAGAAAUUGAAACAAACAGUGUUUUGUGCUUUUCCAUGUGUUGUUUUCGAGAGUCUACUUACAUAUAGGGAUAUCACUUAAAAUACAGUUCUCUGAUGAUAAAGAGGCAAUGAAUGGAGGAAAAAAAACUACACUUGUCACAAAUAGCACCAGUGACCACCUUGGUUGGUCUUAUUUGACACUUCUAAACACAAUUAAUUGGCACUCCUCUAAAGAAUUGAACUUGUACUUUGAUAAUUGGCCUUUCUCUUAAGCUAAAGUCUGCAAAAUUUCAAAUUGUCUCAAUGCAAGAGCAUCCUGGCCUUCCAGUUGUGCAUUGUAAUCAAAAGAGAAAAACUAGGGAAUUGGAGAAUUCAAUCAAUUAACUAAAUUAGCUGAAAUUCUUGUGAUCAGUCAGAAAGAAAUUGGACUGUAAGGUAAAGGGAAGAUGAACCACACUUUAGGAAACCACUACACAUUCACAUUUUCUUUUCUACUUUUUCAUAUAUUUCAUACACUUCAUGCUGAAGUCAGUCUAUGCUGUUAUUGAUCAGCUGACCAAAGUGCUUACGACCAAGUACUUGUAUUGUACAGAUCACAUGGGUAGCACCAGUGAGGGGUGGACGAGCUCGGGGUAGUUUUGUUAAUUGAUAUAGAUUUUUUUCAUUUGUGCCAAAUGCAAAGAGCCAUGAGUAAGAUACAGUUUGUUACAGUAGAGCCUUUUUAAUUCUUAAACUCUUCAGUGGAAGCUCUUUGGAGGACUGCAACAUGGUGCCCCCACAAGCUACCUGAUCUACCAAGUACAAACACAAGUGUUGUUAAAGGAAACACAUGCAGAUCAACAGGCUACAUGGCUUUGGUACAAUAUUUAAGUACAACAGAGGAGGGACAACAAACUUGUUUGACCCUCUCUGCCCGCCGUCAAUGUGCCUCACCACUUUUCUGAUAUUGAGUCACUGCACUAAAUAAUCGACCAGAGUUCAGAGAAUUCCUCAGGUCAAUGUUUACGAAAAAUACUGACCAAAUAAUGACAACCCUUAAUUGCAUGUUUGAUCCUCGAAAUCCUCAUUACUUUAAGCUUACACAAUGCAUGUUAUACUGUUCCUUCCUUUAUAAUAUCCAUCUGAGGAGGACAAAUUGGUACAAAAUGGAUAUGGAUAUAUAUAUAUAUAUAAAAGUUGUGCAGAGAUUAUUUUUCAUCAGCAUAUGCUAUCUUUUCAGAAUAAACACGAUCAGUUUACUGGAAUAAUCCCAAAUUGAGGCUUUAUGUAUAUUUUUUUUAUGAUAAAUGUGUUCAAUGGGAAAUUGUUUUUAUGUUUAUGUAAUCAUUGUGCUAUGACACUAAUAAACACAUUUCUUUUUUUUAAA